AUGGAUGACGCUGUAAUGUUUGAUGAGCUUGACUUCCUCUCUCUAUCCUCCCUUCUUUCCAUCUAUGAAAGGCAGCGAGAGCCCGAAAGCAAAGCUACCCCCAGCGACGAGGAGGGCAUAAGCAGCGGAGACGAGGAACUCAACGAUGAGAAUGACUCAAUAGUGCCGAAUGAGCUGUCGGUUUCCUCUCCAGAGAGACAGCUUACGAAGUUUCUCGACUCCAUCUCGGAAACGUUCUCACGAACAAAAUCGAUCCCCCUAGCGCAGAAGCCGCGGUAUAUCCAACGACGCAAGGGUAAUAAAAAGGAGGAGGGAGCAAGUCAAGUCUCUGCUUCCGGCUUGAUAAUGAUACAGCACAAGCCAACGGUUUAUAUAGCAAAAAACGAGGGCACAGACGAUUAA